CCAUUGUUAUCUUCACCCCAAAGUUUUCAGAUCCAUUUCCAGCUUCUGUACCAAUGUCAGAUCAGCCAACAAAGAGGUAUGCAGUGGUUACGGGUUCAAACAGGGGCAUUGGAUUUGAAAUAUGCAAGCAGUUGGCUACAAAGGGUAUGACGGUGGUGUUGACGGCUAGAGACGAGACGAAUGGUGUUGAAGCCGUCGGAAAAUUGAAACAGUUUGGGUUCUCUGAAACUGUGGUGUUUCAUCGACUGGACGUGACGGAGCCAGCGAGUGUUUCGAGUUUGGCCGAAUUUGUAAAGACUCAAUUUGGAAGGCUUGAUAUCUUGGUGAAUAAUGCUGGAAUUGGUGGAGUAACAGCAGAUGAAGAUGCUUUAAGAGCUGGUGUUCUUGGCAAGCCUGCUGCUACAGUACACUGGAGUGGAAUAUUGAUGGAAACAAAUGAGUUAAGUGAGGAAUGCCUCAAAACAAACUAUUAUGGUGUCAAAACAGUGUGUGAAACACUCCUCCCACUUCUCCACUUAUCUGAUUCACCAAGAAUUAUAAAUAUUUCUUCUUCAAUGGGACAAUUAAAGAACAUAUCAAAUGAAUGGGCAAAAGCAGUACUACGAGAUGCUGAAAACCUCACAGAAGACAAAGUGGAUCAAGUACUGAGAAUAUUUAUGAAUGAUUUCAAGGAAGGUUCAUUAGAAGCCAAAGGUUGGCCUACACUUUUGGCAACAUAUUCCAUCUCAAAAGCAGCCAUGAAUGGCUAUGCAAGGGUAUUGGCUAAAAAACACCCAAGUUUCCAAAUCAAUUGUGUUUGCCCUGGCUCUGUCAAAACUGACAUCAACUACAAUACUGGCAAUUCAUUUUUAUUUCACUUUGGGGGUAUAAAUGAGUAA